AUGGAUUCUUUGCUCAUCGAUGGAUCUGAUCCAAAUGGCAAUGGCCAUCAUCAAAAUAAUAACAAUAUGAAAUUCUCACCUAAUUCAUUAUUUGAUCGAGACACAUUGGCUAGUUUAUUUCUCGGUAAUCAAAGUCCAACAUCAGGUGGUGUUUCAACAUUAGUUGACGAAUGGGCUGAUAGUGCAGGAGAAUUACUUGUUGAAUUAGAUAAUCUUAGUAUGCUUAGUCAAAUUUGUGACAGUGUACCAAGACUACCACCCAAACCAACAUCAUCAAAUCGUUCAAAUGAUGAAACCAAAUCUUUAUCUUAUUCACAACAACCGAAGCAUUUAACAUUUCGAGAUAUUCUGGCUUUUUGGCAAUGUUAUGAUCAACUUUAUAUUGAACAAUAUCAAUAUGAUCGACGAUAUUCAUCAGCAGUUAUCGAUCAAGCAGUUAAUAGUUUUGACACGUCUGAGUAUGAUAUUCUUUCAUCAUCAUCAUCAUCAUCUCCACCAAGAUUGCCUUCAUAUAGACGAUUCAAUUCUCAACAUGAAUAUGAACGUUUAUUUAAUGAUUUCUCAUCAGUAUCGAAUGAUGAACUCGAUGUGUGCUUAUCUGUUAAUAAUAAUAAUAAUAAUAAUAACAAUAAUAACAACAACAAUAAUAAUAAUAAUAAUAAUAAUAAAUCUGGUGAUAUGAGCAAUUCAGCUAAAAUAUCAAUGCUGUCGAAACUUUUACCUAUAACAACACAUUCAUCUCCAGUACCAACUGAUAACGAUCUAAAUUCAUUUGUUGCUGAUCUUGAUCCACGACCUACACCAAAUAUCAAUGAUAUUCUAGCUAAUUUAAAAGCUGGUUUGAUUGAAUCUAAUCUUCAUUUGCCAUCAUUUGAUGAAUCUCAUCUUGAUCUUCCACGGCAACGUUCAUCUCUCACUCACAAUCGUCUUAUAUCAUCGUCUAUUAUAAAUAAUACAACUGUACCAUCAUUAUUUAUCAACGAAAUUGAACAUAUACGUCUUGUUGAUUUGUCAAAAACUUUAUUAAAUAAUCUUCCAUUAUCAACAAUAAAGCACUAUGCUAAAUUAUUACAAUGUCCGAUUGUAAUGUGUCCUGAGUUUGUACGUGAUUUUUUAAUGCGUAAUAAUCGUCAAGCAAGUACAUCACGUUCAUGUUUUUGCACAACAUUAAAUGAUACGAGAUUAAUUUAUGCCGAAUUAAUUGCUGCUAAUGUGCCUUUACCAGUAACACAGAAAGAAGAAGAUUUAUUAUUAUUAACAAAAAAACGUAAACAUGCUCCACCAAAAGGAUGGGAAGAUGGAUCAAGUGAUAUGAUUAUAACUGUACCACAAGUUAAAAGACAUAAGCCAAAAUUAGAUUAUUCAACAAUUAUACUUGAUCACGAUUAUUUAAAUGCAGAACAAAUGGCUAAUUUAUGGAAGCGCCCAUCGAAAAAACCUGUUGUUACUAUACCAUUGCCUGUACCACUUCCAAUACCAACAACAGAACCCGAAGAAGAACUUAGCUUUAUGGAAUGUUCUCCAACACCACCAGUUUCAGCAACACCUUCUCAAAUAUCUGUAAUAGCUCCUGCUCUUUCUCUACCACCACCUCCACCUCCUCCUGCACCAAUUCUUUUCAAAUUAAGAGACUAUUUUGAUUCUCAACCAUUGCCACCAACACCAACAUUUUAUGAUACUUAUUCUGACGAACAAUUUCUGCAGAUCACUCGACAUCCUUUAAUAAUUUUAUCACAGACACAACUUGAUUAUUUACUAGGUUAUCUCUAUCGAGAUAAUCAUGACGUAUCACUUAUUGACAGAUAUCAUUUGUAUUAG